AUGGUAAACGCGCAAUUAGGAAUGACGGGACAACCGUUUUUCCGUAUGAGGCUCAUUCACGGUGAGUUGUCCGUUGAUCUUGUGAUAAAACAUGCAGAUCUUUAUGUGAUAGGGGUCAACAAGAUCAUUCAAGUUGAAAAUAAAGAAGGAGAGGUUGAAAAUGAAGAAAAAUGGCUUCUAUUAAGAGAAUGGAGAACUGAUAUUGUGGAGGUAAACGGCGCUACUUUUAUCGACCAUAUUUCUAGGGAUUAUGGCUCCUUGCGUCAAAUUGGACGAGAGGACGCAUACUUGGGGGAGCAGACACUUUCCGAUUGUAUUGAGGUUUUUUCAGCAGUGCCGUUGAAAGAGUUGGAUAAAGACCGGAAGAUGAGGAAGAAGGUGGCAUAUAGCUUCUACAGGAUCUUAUUCAUUCUACCGGAAGUGAUGAGGUUUAACCCGAUCAUGGACUUUGUUGCCAAGACCACCUUAGAGGACGAAAAGAAGGUGCCAGGUUGGAUAUUGGAGUUAGUUAACAAGUGGUCCGACCUGUCCAAAAUUGCUCGGAAAUAUGAGGGUGCGGUUGAUGAUGAUGAGGUGAUUGAAGAGUUAGAAAGAUGUUUGAUAAAUGAGAUUGUACUUAAGGGCAACACGAUUCGGCUACAAACUAUGGGUCAGUUGCGAAGAGUUCUUGGGAUGCUGACUUACGAGUCGGAUGACGGUCCACCAGACUUGAAGAAAGGAAAGUCUCCUCAGAAAAAGAAGAACAAGUCCAAGGGCUAA